AUGUCAGCACAUGUGACUUGCGGCUUACUGCCUGACGUAACUGGCAAGUUUCACGGCUGAUAUAAAAAGAUGAGUUGGAGAUGAAGUCGAAGCUCCGAACUUCCUCGAGUCCUAGUCUAAACUAUAGUUCGGCAGGAGAAAGGUGGCUGGCAUCUUUCCGAUAAAUAUGGAGGAUAAUCACUCGGACAUCAUGCCAGAACCCAGAGAACACCUGGACUUCCCAGCAUUGCUGAUCGAUCAGGAUGCCACCUUAAGUCCUGUCUCGACUGCAGCCACUUCGCCGGAUUCUCUGACACCAGCAACCACACUGUGCACUAUAGCCUGCACCGGCCACAAUUCAGAAUCCUCAAGAGACGACGAUGGAAGCCAGGAAGGCGGAGAGAAAAAGAAUACUAAAUGUCCUUCCAGACCCUCAAGAAUGGUGACCCGAAGUCAGACUGCAGCAACACGGCGCUAUCCAUACUCGCAGCCCGUCAGUCAUCUACAGCCCGAUGAGGCUCGGCAUCAAAGGAACUUUCAGGAGGACAGUGAAGCCCAGUCUAGUUACUGUGGUUCACUAGAUCUGUCUGAUGAGGAUGAACCGAUUGAAUUAAACGACAUAUCAUUGGGAAAAAGUUCUCCAAGGAACGGAAUAGAUCUUGGUUCGAUAUGCCCACGUUGUGGUGCUGUGCUCAUAACGAUCACCAGUCGCAUUGCUCAUAACGCUGCUCACGGUCAGCAUGGUGCCCACUGUCUUUAUUGUCAGCAAGUUUUCAUCACUUGUCAUGGCCGUAAUGCUCAUCAACACUUGCACGGUGAUUCCCGCACGGUGGACGUGGAUGACUACUGUGAAUGCGUGUUGUGCGGUGGCGCCUUCAUUAGUGUGAUGAACCUUGAGUUCCAUCUCCUUGAGCUCCAUGUUAAGGCAGCUUUGCUCGACCCAACGGUAUUCCGCAUUGGCAUCUCCAGUGGGGGUGAGGGCGACGGCGGGGGAGAAGGUGGGUGGGCAUUGUAUUAUUGUGGGGUGUGUGGACAAAAGUUCACGUAUAGUUUCAACCUAGACUGCCACAUGGUGCUUCAUGCAAGACCUGUCUAUUGUUGCACCGUGUGUGACGCCUCAUUUUCUAGCUUUGACCCCUUAAUGGCCCAUGUGCGCAGUCAUCGUCAACCUACUCUUUUCGCCCCAGUUAUUCACGUUCCUACCUCAACCGCUACAUCGACUGCUCUCCACAUGACAUCACAAACCCUUGUUACUCCUGAAAACUUUACUUUGCCAGCCUCAAAACGAAAGGCUAGCCAGCCCCUACCCUCCCACCAGUCCAACACCUGGGAAUUGCACAAAACUCAGGUAGCCUCUCAAGUAUCAUCAUGUGGUCAGCCGAAUUCUUCUGGAGGUGGUGCAGGUGUGCAUGCUACUCAGGCAAUGCUGAAGUAUCUAGCUUCUCAGCCAGUGGAGAAAAAUGUCCUUCCCUGGACAGCCAUCACACCAAGCGUACCUCAGUCCCAAUAUGCUGUACAGCAAUGUGAGAGGAAGAGAACAGUUACGCAAGGAAAGGAAUAACACUUAAGGAUUACUUGAAAGUAGCAUGUAAGAUUUGGAUUUAUUCAUGAAAAAAAGAUGUUAAAGUUAUAUCUAUUCAGUGAUGUACUCGGAAUAAUGUCGGUAUGAUUAUACUCAUCACCAGAAAUUUUUGCCACAGAAGAGAAAACCAGUCUCAUUAUCAGUAUAACAGAGCAGCAAAAUAGAUGCCUAGAGAUUAUCAUUGAGCCAAUCUGGAGAGGUAUCUUUUAUUAUUUUGUAACACUUCUAUGCUAAAAACUUUUUUUUAAAGUUAGAAAGUGUAGAAUACACUUAAAUUUACUUACAUUAUUUCAUAUUGUGUUAAUUGUGGGUAAAUCCAGACAUAUUGUAAAUAAAAAAAUAAAUGAAUAAUGAUGAUAAA